GCCAAAUGGAUAAACAUGAGGAUGAAAAACGCGCUCUUUUCUCCGCUUUUUAGACCCCACCAACCCCGAGCCAGGCCUUUUUCCUUCCCCGUAAUCCUCCUCCCCUUCUCCUUCUCCUUGCCUUCCCUUGGAAGCCGCCCUCUCCUCCUGCUCCUUGAGCGUAAAAAUUGCAUCUUUGUGGUUUGCUUUGCUCCUCCGAAAAGUGUUCUCGUUGGGACGGAAAGAAAGGAGAUAGGUGUUGGAUCUGUGGAGGUUUUAGGUGGGAAGAACGAGUUCAAGGGGAGACAGAUUGUGGUCAAGAAUCAGAGCAGUUCAGAUGGAUGGAACCCCAAAGGCCAUUCUCACUGCUCCAUUCAUGCAUCGAAUUGCCUUCCUCGAGCCAUGAAGUGGUGGGAGAAGAGCAUCGUACCUAACAUGACGGAGAUUACGUCCUCAGAUCAUCUCGUCGAAUCGCUGGCAACUGCUGGGGAUAAGCUCGUCAUCGUGGAUUUCUACUCUCCUGGGUGUGGAGGCUGCAAAGCCCUGCAUCCAAAGAUAUGUCAGCUGGCUGAAUCAUACCCCGACGCAAUCUUUCUGAAAGUGAACUACGAAGAGCACAAAUCCAUCUGCCACAGCCUUCACAUUCAUGUGCUGCCGUUCUUUCGGCUCUACAGAGGCGCACAAGGUCGUGUCUGCAGCUUCAGCUGCACCAAUGCAACCGUCAAGAAGCUCAAAGACGCAAUGGCAAAGCAUGGGACCGAGCGAUGCAGUCUUGGACCAGCGAAGGGCUUGGAAGAGGAAGAGCUUCUCGUGUUGGCUUCGAACGGCGGAGCUCGGUUUAAUCGUCCACCAGCACUCUCAAGCAUAUGACUCUUCGGUAGCUAAUAGAACAGACCUCGAUUCCUGUUCGGCAUGUGUCCAAUAAAGCUGUGCAACAGAGGUUCUUCAAGAUUCUUCUUCAGUGCCCUGCUUGAUUCAUAAGCAUUCACCGGAUUAGGAUCGGUAAUUAUGAAUCGUGAACUAUCGUGCAUCUGAUUCGGGUUGUAAUUCCUCGUAGGAUUUUCUACGAGCACUUGGUAUGUAUGGCUUCAGUGCCAAACUUAACAGUGAUUACCUUACCACAUUAACUAUA